CGACCCGUUUGUGGCUACCACUGCCGCGCCGUUUCGAAGCUCGGUUUGGACCCAGCCAGAAACGCCUCGAGCCUGAAGAGCCCUGCCUGAAUCGCCGCCCCUUGAUUGUUUCGAGCUUCCCCCGCAGAACUGCCCACCAUGGCUCGAUCCGCGGGCUCUAAGCCGGCGGUAGCGCGGGCCUCUCCCCCGCCGCCGCGUUCCCAUCCGGGCCAUAGACCGGAGUCGAGAGCGGCGAAGCACAAGGAUGACUACUCGUCCGAGGGCGUCGAGGACAAUGAUGUCUUUCUGCUGCCGGGCUCGGAUUUCCAGCUCAUGCUCGGGAUAACCGUGCUGGCUGCCGCGGUGCGCCUGUUCCGCAUCUACCAGCCCACCAGCGUUGUCUUCGACGAGGUCCACUUUGGCGGCUUCGCUUCCAAGUAUAUCAAGGGCCGCUUCUUCAUGGAUGUGCACCCUCCGCUCGCGAAGCUGAUGAUCACCCUCUUCGGCUGGCUCGCAGGCUUUGACGGCAACUUCGACUUCAAGGAGAUCGGCAAGGACUACCUCGAGCCCGGCGUGCCCUAUGUGGCCAUGCGCAUGUUCCCAGCCAUCUGCGGCAUCCUCCUCGCCCCGACCAUGUUUCUGACCCUCAAGGCUGCCGGUUGCCGUACAUUCACCGCCGCUAUGGGUGCUGGCCUCAUCAUCUUUGAGAACGGACUGCUCACUCAGGCACGCCUGAUCCUGCUCGACUCUCCCCUGAUGAUCGCGACCGCUUUCACCGCUCUCUCCUUCAUUUCGUUCAGCAACCAGCAGGAGCUCGGCCCCUCUCGCGCCUUCGGGCUUAGCUGGUGGUUCUGGCUCGUCAUGACGGGCCUUGGUCUGGGCGUAACCCUCAGCAUCAAGUGGGUUGGCCUCUUCACCAUCGCCUGGGUUGGCGCCAUUACUCUGGUCCACCUGUGGGUUCUGCUCGGGGACUACAAGCAUGUUACAAUCCGCAUUUUCGCGAAGCACUUCAUGGCUCGGGUCUUCUGCCUGAUCUUCAUUCCCCUAACCUUCUACAUGGCCAUGUUCGGAAUCCACUUUCUCUGCCUCGUCAACCCUGGCGACGGCGACGGCUUCAUGAGUUCCGAGUUCCAGUCGACUCUCAACUCGAAGGGCAUGCAGGACGUCCCCGCCGACGUCCUGUUGGGCAGCCGAGUCACCAUCAGACACGUGAACACCCAGGGCGGCUAUCUGCACUCGCACCCCCUGAUGUAUCCGACGGGCUCCAAGCAGCAGCAGGUUACUCUCUACCCCCACAAGGACGACAACAACCUGUGGCUCUUCGAGAACCAGACCCAGCCUCUUGACAGCAAUGGCCAGCCGAUCAACGGCACCAACGCGUGGUACAACAUUCCCGAGACUCCGUACAUCCAGAACGGUGCCAUCAUCCGCCUCUACCACCUUACCACCCACCGCCGUCUCCACUCGCAUGAUGUGCGUCCGCCCAUCACGGAAGCCGACUGGCAGAACGAAGUCUCGGCCUACGGCUACGAGGGCUUUGACGGAGAUGCCAACGACUUCUUCCGCGUCGAGAUUGUCAAGAAGAAGUCCAAGUCGGGCGUAGCCCAGGAGCGUCUGCGGACCAUCGACACAAAGUUCCGUCUUAUCCACGUCAUGACGGGCUGCGUGCUGUUCUCCCACAAAGUCAGACUGCCGGACUGGGCUUCGGAGCAGCAGGAGGUGACGUGCGCACGCGGCGGCACUCUUCCCAACAGCCUGUGGUAUGUCGAGUACAACGACCACCCCAAGCUCGGUCCGGACUCGGAGAAGGUCAACUACGCCAACCCCGGCUUCUUCGGUAAGUUUUGGGAGCUCCAGAAGGUCAUGUGGAAGACAAAUGCUGGUCUCGUCGAGUCCCACGCUUGGGAUUCUCGCCCGCCUUCGUGGCCGAUCCUCCGCCGCGGCAUCAACUUCUGGGGCAAGGACCACCGCCAGAUCUACCUGAUUGGCAACCCGGUCGUCUGGUGGAGCGCCACCGCCGCAGUCGUCGUCUACGUCCUGUUCAAGGGUAUUGCCGUCCUCCGGUGGCAGCGCAGCUGCGACGACUACUCGAUCCCCGUCUUCAAGCGGUUCGACUACGAGAUCGGCACCUCCGUGCUCGGCUGGGCUCUCCACUACUUCCCCUUCUUCCUCAUGCAGCGCCAGCUAUUCCUCCACCACUACUUCCCGGCUCUUUACUUCGCCAUCAUCGCGUUCUGCCAGCUCUACGACUUUGUCUUCGCUCGCAUCCCCGGCGUCGGCUUGAGGGAGAAUCCCAUCAUCGGCAAGGCCUGCGCCGUUGGCUUCCUGGUCCUGUCGGUCGUUGUUUUCACUCUGCUGUCGCCUCUUGCGUAUGGGAAUCCCUGGACUAAGGCCGAGUGCAACCGCGUCAAGCUCUUUAGCUCCUGGGACUGGGAUUGCAAUACCUUCUUGGACAGCUACGAGGGAUACAAGACUCUGCCCUCAACUCCGGCCGCCGUGCAGACCCCUCAACAAUCCGUUCAAGCCCAACAGGCGCCGCCUCCCGUAGCGGGCGGACAGGCUGGCCAGAUUCCCAUCGCCGAUGCUCAGAAGGCGGCGCAGGCGCAAGAAGGGAAGCCGAAUGUCUCGGGUGCGCCGCUGCCGCCUAACCAGCGGCUCCUCCGCACCGAGCAGCAUGUCGAGUACCGCGAUCAGCACGGCAACCUCCUCAAUGAGGAGCAGGUCAAGGCUCUCGAGGGCAAGGUCGAGUUCAAAACGCGCUACGAGACGCGCACCCGCCUGAUUGAUGCCCAGGGCAACGAGAUCCUGUUGCCGCCUGGCGGCGGCCAGCCUCCGCAGGAGCAGCAGAACCAGGCUGCGGCGGCGGGCGUUGCACCGCCGCACCCGGACGUUGAGGGUGUCGAUCGGGAAACGCCCAAGCGGGUCGUGCCAGACGAGCAGAUCCCCGAGCCCAAGCAGAGUGUCGAGGGCGAGAAGGAGCGCGAGGAGAAGUCGGCGAAGCCGGCGAGCGAGAAGAACGAGGCUAGCGCCAAGGCGGAUGAGCUAUGAGGUGUUUCUCUGCAACUCGACACCUCAUGAGGUCAGGCGAGGCAGUUGAAGGAUCCCUGUCUUGGGGAUGAGGUUGUCGUCAUCGCCUUCCCUCUCUAUCUCCUACUGUCUCCUACUGUGUCAGUUCACCGAUCUCUUCCCUGCCUUGCCUGUGUAAUCUAAUGAAAUUGGAGGGGAGCAUGGGAGUGAGGGCUGAGGAAUUUGUGGGGUUCCAAAAGCAUUCAG